GACACUGCUUCAGAAUCAAGUGAUGGAGAAGGGAGGAAAAGGACCUCAUCCACCUGCAGCAACGAGUCCCUAAAUACUGGAGGAACCCCUGUCACUCCUCGCAGGAUCUCCUGGCGGCAGCGCAUUUUCCUUCGAGUUGCAUCGCCGAUGAACAAAUCUCCCUCUGCAAUGCAGCAACAAGAUGGACUGGACAGGAAUGAGCUGCUGCCACUGUCCCCUCUCACUCCCACCAUGGAAGAGGAACCACUGGUUAUAUUCUUAUCUGGCGAUGAUGACCCAGAGAAGGUCGAAGAAAAAAAGAAAUCAAAAGAACUAAAGAGUUUAUGGAAAAAAGCUAUACACCAACAGAUCUUGUUGCUUCGAAUGGAAAAAGAAAACCAGAAACUUGAAGCAAGAAGAGAUGAACUUCAGUCCAGAAAAGUCAAGUUAGACUAUGAGGAAGUUGGUGCAUGUCAGAAGGAGGUCUUAAUAACCUGGGAUAAGAAGCUGUUAAACUGCAGAGCUAAGAUCAGAUGUGACAUGGAAGAUAUUCACACUUCUCUAAGAGAAGGAGUUCCCAAAAGUCGACGAGGUGAAAUUUGGCAGUUCCUGGCUUUGCAGUAUCGCCUGAGACACAGGUUGCCUAACAAGCACCAACCCCCAGACACAUCCUAUAAAGAACUUCUGAAGCGGCUYACCGCCCAGCAGCAUGCUAUCCUUGUGGAUUUGGGAAGGACAUUUCCUACUCACCCCUACUUUUCUGUACAGCUUGGGGCAGGGCAGCUGUCACUCUUUAACCUCCUAAAGGCCUACUCUUUGCUGGACAGUGAAGUGGGCUACUGUCAGGGGAUCAGCUUUGUGGCUGGAGUCCUGCUUCUGCACAUGAGUGAAGAGCAAGCCUUCGAGAUGCUGAAGUUCCUCAUGUAUGACCUAGGCUUCCGCAAGCAGUACAGACCUGACAUGAUGUCGCUACAGAUUCAGAUGUACCAGCUGUCCAGGCUCCUUCACGACUACCACAGAGAUCUCUACAAUCAUCUUGAAGAAAAUGAAAUCAGCCCCAGUCUUUAUGCGGCUCCCUGGUUUCUCACACUCUUUGCCUCUCAGUUUCCAUUAGGAUUUGUAGCCAGAGUUUUUGAUAUUAUUUUUCUUCAGGGAACUGAAGUGAUAUUCAAGGUUGCACUCAGCCUUUUGAGUAGCCAAGAGACUCUUAUAAUGGAGUGUGAAAACUUUGAAAACAUUGUUGAAUUCCUUAAGAACACGCUCCCUGAUAUGAAUACCUCUGAGAUGGAAAAAAUUAUUACCCAGGUGUUUGAGAUGGAUAUUUCUAAACAGUUACAUGCCUAUGAGGUGGAAUAUCACGUCCUGCAGGAUGAACUUCAGGAAUCUUCAUAUACCUGUGAGGAUAAUGAACCUAUAGAGAAGCUGGAGAGGGCCAAUAGCCAACUGAAAAGACAGAACAUGGACCUACUAGAAAAAUUACAGGUGGCUCAUGCUAAAAUUCAAGCCUUGGAAUCAAACCUGGAAAAUCUUUUAACUAGAGAGACCAAAAUGAAGACUUUAAUCCGGACCCUGGAACAAGAAAAAAUGGCUUAUCAAAAGACAGUGGAGCAGAUCCGGAAGCUGCUGCCGGCCGAUGCUCUGGCCAACUGCGAAACGCUGCUGAAAGAACUAAACUGCAACCCGAACAACAAAGCCAAGGCAGGAAAUAAGCCAUAAUUCAAGACGUGCUGUCUCAGCACAAAGUGCUCCUUAGCCUAUUAGAGAGGAAGAGCCCGUGCGCUGCUGGCCCAAGCUGGACACUGAAGCUGGGCGAACCACCCGGCGCUGGUGCUGAGCCCGCCAGCAAGUGGCCCUCGCUCUCAUCAGAGCACACCCAUCCCAAGCCGUUGUACAUGUACACAGACACUCUUGUUGCUGAACUCUGUACAUACAUAUGAAAUGGAUCUAAAGAGUUCAUACUUUCAGAUAAAAUGAGUAAACAUAUAUUUAGAGCAUUUUUUUUUUAGUCAGAACUUCAUGAAAUCCACACCAAAGGGAAGUUCACGUGAAAUUUCCCUUGGACACAUGUGAAGUCUUUUUGUCUUUUUAGUGAAACAAAGCUAGAGCAUCUUUGUAUAUUGAAAUAUACUUGAAAAAAAUGAAUGUAUUUUUUUCUCCAAAGAACAGCAUGUUUCACGCAAUGGUGGAAAGGUGGAAACGUUUAUGUACCUUCAUGUGUACCUGUCCUAAAUUCUACUGACAUUGUCUGAAUGCGGAAAAUGAGUGGUUGCCAGUCAUGCUGUAGUGAGUGUUUUGGGAAGGUGGGGCCUUUUCGUCCUGCCUGCUUUGUGCCAAUGAGCAUGUUACAUCUUCAUGUAUUUUGAGUCUGGUGAGGCUUUGCUUUAGAAAGCAGGACAUCGUGGCUGAGUCUGCCCAGCUCAAGGUAAAAAAGAAUGUUGCUAA